AUGGCGUUGUUCUUCGUUUUGUGUGCCAUGGCCCCGAGGGGUUUUGCCGUUGGCGUGAACUGGGGAACCAUGGCUACACACCAGCUUCCGCCUGAGAAGGUGGUUAAAAUGCUAAAGCAAAAUGGGUUUGAUAAAUUGAAGCUGUUUGAUGCGGAUGAGUGGAUCAUGGCGGCUCUGCUGGGGACUGAUAUCGAAGUGAUGCUAGCAAUCCCUAAUAACAUGUUGGAGGAGAUGAGUAAGAAUCCUAGUGCUGCAGAUUCUUGGGUCGCUGAAAAUGUGACCGGUUACUUAUAUCCUGGUGGAGUCAAUAUCAAGUUUGUUGCCGUAGGUAAUGAGCCUUUCCUUGAAGCAUAUAAUGGCACUUAUCUACAUACAACUUUCCCAGCUCUAAAGAAUAUACAAACAUCACUCUAUAAUGCUGGCUUGGGUUCGAAGGUCAAAGUCACAGUUCCCUUCAAUGCAGACGUUUAUUUUUCCCCUGUAUCAAAUCCAGUGCCAUCAGCUGGUGACUUCAGGCCUGAAAUAAGAGACCUCACAAUUGAAAUCGUCCAAUUCUUGUAUUCAUGUGAUUCCCCUUUUAGUGUAAAUAUAUAUCCCUUCCUUAGUCUUUAUGGCAACGACAACUUCCCCAUUGAAUUUGCAUUUUUUGAGGGAAACAGCAAGCCUCUUAGAGACGGAAGUUCAGUUUACACUAAUGUAUUUGAUGCCAAUCUGGACACUCUUGUAUGGGCUUUAGCAAAGGCCGGGUACCCUGACAUGGAAGUCCUCGUUGGGGAAGUAGGCUGGCCAACAGAUGGUGAUAAGAAUGCCAACAUUCAAAAUGCAAAGAGGUUCAACCAAGGUUUGCUUAAACAUGUUCUGAGUGGAAAUGGUUCCCCUAAAAGGAGAGGGAUCAUUGACAUAUAUCUGUUCAGCCUCAUUGAUGAGAACGCAAAAAGUGUUGCUCCUGGCUUGUUUGAAAGGCACUGGGGGAUUUUUGAGUUUGAUGGGAAGCCAAAGUAUGAACUAGACUUAACAGGUCAAGAACUAAACAAGGGUCUAGUUCCUGUGCAUGGUAUAAAAUAUAUGGAAAGACAAUGGUGUGUUUUGAACACUGAUGCUGAUACUAAUGCACUGUUCUUGGCUCAUAGUAUUGACUAUGCUUGUAGUUUAUCUGAUUGUACUUCUUUGGGUUAUGGAUCUUCUUGUAAUAAUCUGACCCUCCAAGGGAAUGCAUCUUAUGCCUUCAACAUGUAUUAUCAAGUACAUAACCAACGGGACUGGGAUUGUGAUUUCUCUGGUUUGGCUAUUGUAACAGAUAAGGAUCCAUCAGAAAAUGGAUGCCAGUUCCCAGUAAUGAUUUCUUAUGGUUCUUCAUUGAUGCAUGGAGGGCUAUCAGAUAUACUAAAGAAUGCUGUGGGUUUAUGUACUUUGAUUUUGAUUUUGGUGUAACUGAUAGGUUUAAGUAGUCAAUUCAAAAUGUGUUAUUACAGACUCAGAUUUUCCUUUUAUUUGAGUGGCUCACUUUGAGCGUUUAAAUUUGUUGUGUUAGAGUAGAGAAUUUGCAAAUUCUAGGUUUCCCACUGGACACUUUUGGAUAAUUUCUUCUCUUCCUUUUUUUGUUCCACACACACAUUCAGUGCUUUGGCAAUGCAAGCAAUGAUAUGGGUUUCUGUCCAGCCUGUAUCUUUCUUGGAAAUAUCAUUCAUGUUGUGUGGAGCCUUGCUUCUAACCAAUUGAGUAUUUAUUUAUUGAUACCGGAAUGUUGCAUCUUGCUACGUAUAUCAUUCUAAGGUUUGAGAUUUAAGUUACAUUUAUUGUGCAAGAGAGAGUAAGAAGUGAUAGCACCUAGAAUUUCUGGCAAAUUAACAAAGAAAUUGAAUGCUUUAUGCUUUCCAAUUUUUUAGUAAGGGAGUGUUCGGAAUGUCCCAAGAGCAUUUUAAAAAAGUACUGAUGCAGCACACACUCACACUCCCUUGAACUACUGUAAACAGUGGGGAUUUUAUGAGAAAUGGAUAGAAACAGAGGAGGGAAAGGGGAAGAACGAACAGACUAGGGAGGGAGACAGAUUUAGAAGGGAGAGAUGAGUAGAAGAGAGGGAGAGUGAAAUCACGUAGCCUCAAAUUCAUUCAUCAAA